AUUCUCAACUACUACUGGUCCGCAGUCAUUCUGUUCCAUCCAUUGGCUCUCUGCUCCAAGUCCUACCCCACUCUCCCUGCAACGCUCCAAUCCUCAUCACUCUCUGUGUCCGUGAGCUCUGCUCCUCUGCAUCAACCAGAGCUGCCCUCGGAUCCAGGGACCUACCGCGAGCGCCAAUGGCGGCCGCGGCGGUCCUGGCCGCCAUACUAGCGCUGUUCUCCCGCGCGGCGUCCGCAACGGCCGCGACGGCAGCGGCGAAGGCGGACCGCAUCGGCAGCCUGCCGGGCCAGCCGCCGGUCAACUUCUCCAUGUACUCCGGCUACGUCACCGUGGACGCGGCCGCGGGGCGGGCCCUCUUCUACUGGCUCAUCGAGGCGGCCGGCGUGCCCGCGGAGUCCGCGCCGCUCGUGCUCUGGCUCAACGGCGGGCCCGGGUGCUCCUCCGUCGGCUACGGCGCGUCGGAGGAGCUCGGCGCCUUCCGGAUCAACGCCGACGGCAGGACGCUCUACUUGAACCCCUACCCCUGGAAUAAAGUGGCGAACAUGCUGUUCUUGGACUCGCCGGCGGGCGUCGGUUACUCCUACUCCAACACCACCUCCGAUCUGUACACUGCCGGUGACAACAAGACAGCCCAUGAUUCGUACAAUUUCUUGGUGAAUUGGCUGGAACGGUUUCCACAAUACAAGUAUCGCGAUUUCUACAUCACGGGAGAGAGCUAUGCAGGCCACUAUGUGCCUCAGUUGUCUCAACUAGUAUACCGGAACAACAAAGGCAUCAAGAAGCCAAUCCUAAACUUCAAAGGCUUCAUGGUUGGAAAUGCGGUAAUCGACGAUUACCAUGACUUCAUUGGCACAUUUGAGUACUUGUGGACACAUGGGCUCAUCUCUGAUGAAACCUAUGAAAAGUUGCGGUUGGCCUGUCAGUUUGAGGUAUCUGAGCAUGCGUCGAAGGAAUGCAACAAGAUGUUUGGCAUUGCUGAGGCUGAGGAAGGAAAUAUUGAUGCAUACAGCAUCUACACGCCUACUUGCAAGAAGACAUCACUUCAUAAGCGCAGGCUUAUAAGAGGAAGAACGCCCUGGUUGCCCAGAGGAUAUGAUCCCUGCACUGAGAAGUACUCCACAAAGUACUACAACUUACCUGAGGUGCAGAAAGCUUUACAUGCCAAUGUCACUGGAAUACCAUACCCCUGGGUAACCUGCAGUGACCCAGUGUAUGAUUUUUGGAAAGAUUCGCCGAGAUCAAUGCUUCCUAUAUACCGUGAACUUAUAGCUGCAGGCUUAAGGAUAUGGGUUUUCAGCGGUGAUGCUGAUUCUGUUGUCCCCCUCACCGCGACAAGAUACUCCAUUGAUGCCCUCUUUCUACCAACUGUCACAAACUGGUAUCCUUGGUAUGACGAUGAAGAGGUUGGUGGGUGGUGCCAAGUGUACAAGGGAUUGACACUGGUGACGAUCCGAGGUGCAGGGCACGAGGUUCCCCUCCACCGGCCGCGGCAGGGCCUGAAGCUCUUCGAGCACUUCCUGCGAGAUGAGCCCAUGCCCAAGCCUGUAGAUAGCAUUCAGUCAUUUUAGAAUUGGUUACUGUCUCUGAGUCUCUCGCUUGAUGAAGACCUGGCUGCGCAUUCUUCUUGCUGUAACACAUUCGUUGCCACAUUUUACAGGCCAACACGUUUCACUUGUUCAAUAAUCCACAUUGGCCAGCCGUCACACUCCAUUGUUACGAGUGAUUUUCAGGGAAAAAAACUGAGCUGCCUUAAUUGUCUUCC